GUCCCGCCCACCCGCCAUUCUAAAUUGCCAUGGCAACCCUGCGCGUGCCUCGUUCGAUGUUUGAGAAAAACUGACAAACAGUUAAAGUGAAUUCCAGAUUUCGGAUAUUUUGACGCUCACACACGGUCUCCUAUCUUCCGUGAUCCAACUUAUCUGCGUAUCUCUUCGGUCUAAAACUCAGGAGAAGAGAUUCGAGAAUGUGGUGUAAAGCUUGAACACGACCACGUUUCCACCUGUUCACUGUGAUAUUCCUCUUCACACAGCGAGAUCUGUUCUUCCACAUACAGUGAAAAGGUGAAUAAUGAGUGUGGAGGGAGUGUCCUCUUUACUGAUGACAUCAUCACCAGGCAGAUCACACACAAUUCCUCUGGAGCACCUGGACUACAGCUACAUCCAACACUGUCAAGAUUUGAAAUACCUGGAAAAGAUCCUGAAUGUGCUCAGGUCAGGUACAGAGGGGACAUAUCCACAGCUGACAGAUUUCUGUGAGAAGCGCAUUGAGACAUUAGACCCGAGACAUCGUGCUCUUAGGAAGGACAAAUUUCCAGCUACAGCCGCAUCCUUUUCUACAGAUGAGUGGAAACACAUCACUGAUGACUUACAGACCUGGCAGAGGGAGAUCACAGAGAGAGAGCAGCAGCUCAUGCAGUCACCCACCUUGAACCCUGACACACUCCAUCCUGUACGCAACUUCACCCUAGAGAGACCACCAAACACCACAGCCACUGUGAGCAGUAAACGAUGUGCUGUUCCACGUGCAUACAGUGACUGGGACAGGUUUGAUGUUGAUAAAGAGUGUGCUAAGAUAGAUGAGGACAUAAAUAGCAACAACGCCCCUGCUGUGAUAAAUACAGCUCACACAAACAUCACACACCACAUCGACACCUCAGUUCUGACACAGCAGGAGAAAAGUGUGUUAGCCACUCGAGAGAAGGAGAAAGGAAAUGAGGCCUUUAGAGCAAGGGAUUGGGACGAGGCUGUAGUCUACUACACUAGGAGUCUGGGUAUCUUGCCCACAGUAGCUGGGUUUAAUAACCGAGCUCAGGCUGAGAUUAAACUGCAGCGCUGGACUGAUGCAUUAAAAGACUGUGAUGCUGUGCUGAACAUUGAAAGUCACAACUAUAAAGCUUUGCUGCGUCGUGCGAGUGUAUACAAACAUCUGGGAAAGCUACAGGAAGCACAUGAAGACAUCACAAGUGUUCUUCAUUCUGAACCUCACAAUGUCACAGCACAGAAACUCCUGCAGGAAGUGAAUGAGAGGAUAAAUACAGAGCUGCCACACAAAUCAUGCCCACCAAACCAGCCAAGAAAUGGCAAGAAGCUUCUGAUUGAAGACGUGGGUGAGGAAAUGGAUGAAGAGACAAAUGGAGAGAAAGAUGCUGAAAGUGAACGAGUGGACAAACACCCGGAAACAGAAGAACAGAUGGAUGGAGAGACAGCGAGACAGGCAGAAAUAAAGGUAGAUGGAGAGAUAGAGAGACAGACAGAGAGAUGGACAGAUGGAGUGAGACAGUGUGUGGACACUGCAGCAGUGAAGCAUGAGGGAAAUGAUCUGUACAGGAAAGGACAAUAUGGAGAAGCAGCUGAGAAAUACACACACAGCAUCACAACACUUACACAAUUAGAUGUGUACAGUAAGGAUGACAUGUUUGUUCUGUACUGUAACAGAGCUGCAUGCUUCCUGAAGAUGGGACGGUGUUCUGAGUGUGUGUCAGACUGCUGUCGAGCUCUACAUUUGAAGCCGUAUAGUGUGAAAGCUCUUUUGAGGCGAGCAAUGGCAUUUGAGGCACUGGAAAAAUUUCGACUGGCUUAUGUGGAUUACAGAACUGUACAACAAAUAAACUCACACAUUGUACAACAGCAUGUCAACAGGCUUACUAAGGUGCUAAUGGAACUGGAUGGUCCAGAUUGGAGAACAAAACUCCCAGAGGUUCCAUUUGUCCCAAUGUCCAUUCCACAUGACUGUACAGAGACUCUGCCCAUGUCACAAACCACACCCAUCACACACCCUGUGCCUACUAUGGAAACUCCACCUAAUACAGAGACUCCACCUACCAUGAAGAUUUCACCCACCGGACAGUGUCCACCCACAGUAGAGGUACUGCCACACACAGAGACUCCUCCCACUGGUGGUCCAUCCCAAACAGGCAGGCGUAUCAACAUAGCAGAGGUGGAGAGUGAUGUAACUGAUGAAGAUGGUGAUGAAGGCAUUGAGGAUAAAGAUGAAGAUGGUGCUGCAGCAGCUGCUGAUGAAAUAGAUGUUAAUUAUAUAAAGACCUCCUGUUUAUCCAACAGAUGUGCUGUUUCACCUGCAAACAGUGACUGGGACAGGUUUGAUGUUGAUAAAGAGUGUGCUAAGAUAGAUGAGGACAUAAAUAGCAACAACGCCCCUGCUGUGAUAAAUACAACUCACAGAAACAUCACACACCACAUCGACACCUCAGUUCUGACACAGCAGGAGAAAAGUGUGUUAGCCACUCGAGAGAAGGAGAAAGGAAAUGAGGCCUUUAGAGCGAGGGAUUGGGACGAAGCUGUAGUCUACUACACCAGGAGUCUGGGUAUCUUGCCCACAGUAGCUGGGUUUAAUAACCGAGCUCAGGCUGAGAUUAAACUGCAGCGCUGGACUGAUGCAUUAAAAGACUGUGAUGCUGUGCUGAACAUUGAAAGUCACAACUAUAAAGGGAGAAAAGAAGAGGACCAAGUACUGAGCGCUGUGGGACACCAGUGGAGAGUCUGCGUGGAGCAACUGUCACUCCCCUCCAUGUUACCUGAUAUGAGCGUCCUUCCAGCUCUGCUGCGUCGUGCGACUGCAUACAAACAUCUGGGAAAGCUACAGGAAGCACAUGAAGACAUCACAAGUGUUCUUCAUUCUGAACCUCACAAUGUCACAGCACAGAAACUCCUGCAGGAAGUGAAUGAGAGGAUAAAUACAGAGCUGCCACACAAAUCAUGCCCACCAAACCAGCCAAGAAAUGGCAAGAAGCUUCUGAUUGAAGACGUGGGUGAGGAAAUGGAUGAAGAGACAAAUGGAGAGAAAGAUGCUGAAAGUGAACGAGUGGACAAACACCCGGAAACAGAAGAACAGAUGGAUGGAGAGACAGCGAGACAGGCAGAAAUAAAGGUAGAUGGAGAGAUAGAGAGACAGACAGAGAGAUGGACAGAUGGAGUGAGACAGUGUGUGGACACUGCAGCAGUGAAGCAUGAGGGAAAUGAUCUGUACAGGAAAGGACAAUAUGGAGAAGCAGCUGAGAAAUACACACACAGCAUCACAACACUUACACAAUUAGAUGUGUACAGUAAGGAUGACAUGUUUGUUCUGUACUGUAACAGAGCUGCAUGCUUCCUGAAGAUGGGACGGUGUUCUGAGUGUGUGUCAGACUGCUGUCGAGCUCUACAUUUGAAGCCGUAUAGUGUGAAAGCUCUUUUGAGGCGAGCAAUGGCAUUUGAGGCACUGGAAAAAUUUCGACUGGCUUAUGUGGAUUACAGAACUGUACAACAAAUAAACAACUCACACAUUGUACAACAGCAUGUCAACAGGCUUACUAAGGUGCUAAUGGAACUGGAUGGUCCAGAUUGGAGAACAAAACUCCCAGAGGUUCCAUUUGUCCCAAUGUCCAUUCCACAUGACUGUACAGAGACUCUGCCCAUGUCACAAACCACACCCAUCACACACCCUGUGCCUACUAUGGAAACUCCACCUAAUACAGAGACUCCACCUACCAUGAAGAUUUCACCCACCGGACAGUGUUCACCCACAGUAGAGGUACUGCCACACACAGAGACUCCUCCCACUGGUGGUCCAUCCCAAACAGGCAGGCGUAUCAACAUAGCAGAGGUGGAGAGUGAUGUAACUGAUGAAGAUGGAGAUGAAAGCAAUGAGGAUAAAGAUAAAGGUGGUGCUGCUGCAGCUGCUAAUGAAAUAGAUGUUAAUUAUAUCAAGACCUCCUGUUUAGCCAACGUCUUGGAGUUUAGGCAGGCCUUAAAAUUGGCCCGUUGCCGUGGUGACCUGGUGGCCUGUGCCCAGCUUCUGAGGAGUGUGUCACCUCAAACCCUCCCUCAAUACAUUAGCUUGUAUCUGGACACAGACACACUUAGCUUCAUCAUACACACACUACACAAACACAUCCUGCCCACUGAGCCCGGCCUGGUUUAUCGUCUUCUCACACACCUGCACACCAUUGACAGAUUCACAGUGGUUCUGAUGCUGAUGGACUCUGAUGAGAAGACACAGAUCACACAGUUGUUUGAGUGUUUGCGUGCCGUCGAGUCAGAUGAGCUCACACAUGAGAACAUUAACAGCCUGGCUAAGAAGUUCAUAUAACAUAUAUAGGUGAGAUAUGGUAGCUCAGUGGUUAAGGUGUUGGACACCUGAUUGGAAGGUUAUGAGUUCGAAUCCCAGGUUCUCCAAUCUGCCAACACUGGGUCCAUGAGCAAGGCUCUUAACCCUUGUGGACACUUUAAAAAUACAACCCUUUCAUGAUGUUUGUGGACAAAAAAAUCAGAUGUAUAAAUAUAUCAGAUUAAUAUUUUUUCACAUUUUUUGCAUAAAUGUGUUAAUGAACCUCAGUUCUAAUACUAAAUCUUAAAAAAAAAGUUUUAAUUUACGAACUAAUUAGUGAUGUCACAAAUGUGCAUAAAAACAUGAAAAUUACUUAUUUUUUAAUAUAAAAUAAAGUGAACUGGAUUUUUAAAAAAUAUUUUAUUACAGUCUUUUGUAUGUCAAUGAUGACUAAUAACUGGCUUUUAUGCAUUGUUAGUUUUUCUGCAGCAUUCAAUUUGAUUUAUUUCUUCCUCAUUUACAUCUGCCACAUGUGGAAGCUUGUUUUUG